UUUUGAAAAAUGCGUUUCUAAAGUGCAUAAACUUUUGGGAUUGACUAUAUAGCCAAUACAUCCUUAAAUCGUACUGUAUCGCGUCCAAGUGUCCAGUACAUGUUUCAUUUGUUAAUAUCAGUUACGAUUCGACAUUUACAAAUAAUAUUGUCAAAAUGAACAGCAAAAGUUAUACGAAUACGACGAACAGCGAUAAAAUCGAAUGCACUCAAAUCGUGCAGAAGAGAGUUAGAAGCAUGAUGCAGUUCAAAAAUUACGAUUGGAAGAUGUCCUACAAUCUUAUUAAUACUGACCAGGACAAUAUUAUCCUGCGACGUAAAGCGACUCACAUACUUUUCUCUUAUAAAGAACAAUUGCCAAAUAUUUGUCCGGCUAACUUGAAAAUAUUGAAAGACACCAUUCCGCAAGACAAGAGACCAGAUGACGAUUUGCAAUCCAAAGAUGUAGACUUUGAGGAACAUGAAGCUCAUCUAGAUGAACGCGCCAGCGAUUUAAGCACGAUGCCGAAAAUUAGUACCUGGAACGAGUAUAAAAAAUUGCUAGAAUUAUCAAAGUCACGGCCGGAUAAACCUUGUACGAAACCGUAUAUAACGGAUGCUACAUUCUUGCCAAAGAUUCGCAUUGACCAACACGUGUAUUUAUAAAAGAAUUAAAGAUUGCUACGAUAUAA